AUGGGCGAUGUAGAGGAGCAGACGUGGGACGAGGUCGUCCUGGGGAAUGAGACGGCGGUGCUGGUUGAGUUCUGGGCGCCAUGGUGCAUCCCGUGCCGCUUGAUGCACCCCAUCAUCGCAGACCUGGCCAAGGCCUAUGUUGGGAAACUGAGAUGUCUGAGGGUAAACACGGUCCAGAACCAGAACCAGGAGGUGGCCAUGAGAUAUGGCAUCAGGAGCAUCCCCACCAUCCUCAUCUUCAAGGAUGGCGAGAGGAAGGAGACGGUCAUCCACACCAUUGCAAACACGGCCAUGGCCACCACAGUCGACAGGUUUUUUUAA